AUAAGAAAAGACGAGAGAAAACUUGCUUUUCUGUUGACCAAGAAAAACGUGGGGGUAACAUAAAUAAAAACAUUUCGCAUUUUUGUCCAAAAAAAAAAAAAAAAAAAAACAUUUCGCAUUUAGUCUCUUAAAUCAUUUAUCUGAGUUUUCCCUCUGCUACAAAGAAAGAAUCCUUUAAAAUAUAAUAUCAAAAUUCUAUCGGGUGGGAAAAAACGAAGGAUGGCGGUUUCGAAGAAAUGGGCAUCGACAAUCUCCGUCGUCGCUUCAUCUCUGUUUGCAUUCAUCAUCGUCUUCCAGAUUCCUCUCUUCCGAGUAGCGUGCAGGAACAAGACCUGCGAAUCACCACUGGAGGUUAUAUCCUCUCAGUUGGUUGAAAGCGAACUCGUUCCUUCACCACUUGUCAAGACACUCCUUUAUCCUGGUGCCAUUGCCAAGUCCCUUCUCCGUGGCUCUCCACUCCCAAGCUACCACAACUUGUUCCACUUUUACCAUUUCGACCACCUCAAUACACCCUCCUCCUCCGAUGAUGAUGAUAUCCGCCAUCUAGAGGUGUUUGCUGGGUGCUGUUUAUGUCUGCUAGGUGCUUUACUCAGCAUCUUCAAACCCAGAAGACUAACCUUCAUUGGCACGCUCUUGAUCUAUUGGGGUCUUCUCAGAGACAUUCUCCUUUUCAACUCCUCUGCUCGUGUCUACCCAACGCUCUUUCUCGCUUCACUCUCUUCUUUCCUCUCCAUACGAAGCGACGUCAGGAAGAUCAUCCAGUGUUGUUCUUCCACUUCUAAGCCCCUUUCCAAAUCUCUCUGACCCUACAUGAGUUAAAAUUAGACUAGUCUUCUAACUUAGACAUUCCAAAGAGGUAGAAGAAGUCACUAUUACUAUUUUAUUAAACAUCAACAGUUAAAAGCUUGUAUUUUCUGCAGAAAAACAAAAAACUGCUUAGAAUCUUUGUUACAAUCAUCAUCAUCAUCAUCAUCAUCAUCAUCAUCAUUUGCACAUUUA